AUGCGGGAGGUCAAUUUUAGCAUUCCGAAUGUCAACAAGGCGUCGGGCCGCAGCAGAGACAUGAUGGGCAUGUGGAAAUGGAAUCUUGCCUUCCAAUGCGUGGUCAAUAUUGGCGUCCGGGGCUCGGAAGCCGUCAGGACUCGUGUUGUUGAAGCGGACAUGGUCCCUGUCAUCGCCACCAUCUUAGAUAACUAUAUCAAAGUUGUCGAGAAGUGCCGUGAGAAGGCGGAGGAGGCGAAGCAAAACACAUUGAUGAUCAUCGCCACAGAAGUCACGAGCAUCGAAAAGCCUCCUCUUUUACCAACCGUGCCCAUCAGCUUGAAUCUGACCAGCGAGCCUUUCGACGCCAGGCCCCCUCCAUCGCUCAAUGUCACAGCAACAUAUCAUUCACAGGCCUCCUCAUCCUCUCCAUCAAACACCUUGGCCGAAGACACCGUCCCUGACCGACGUGCUCGGACUACGUCGGCUGACCGUGGUGCCAGCUCUUUGCAUACGCGGCACAAUGCGCCGCGCUCCGACGACAUGGGCGGUGACAGCAUGCAAUCCGAUGAGGCACCGGAUGCCGACAUGUCGGGGGCAGGAGACAUCCAGGCACCUGUUGGUAUCCAAGACAUCACCAUGGGCGAAGAGGGUGAGAGUAUGCUCGCAGCAACCACGCUAGAUCUUGGUAAUCCAACAGCAUCAGAGACCCAAGAGGCUGGCGCUUUCAACAUCACCCACCGUGGCCCCAUUGUAGAUGGGAGUAUCACCAAUCCCACGACGGCUCCUGUUCCGGCUAUUGGUCUAAGCCCCAACCGGCCCGUGAUCACAACUCCUCCUCAACCAGUCAUGCCCAACACUGGAAUCCCUCGCUAUCUCCUCGACCGCCACUUCGUUCCAAAUACACAAAUGCUUGCAGCUAUGCCACGUGAGGAGGAUGUCAUGAUGUCCCUCCAGUUAUUAGCAUAUGUCUCUAAAUACUGCGCCUUGCGGUCUUACUUCCUCAAAAGUCACCUCGUCCCACGUUUGCGGAUUGGCAAAGAGAUCAAUCUAUUAGAUGGCGAGGACAUUCCAUCCGGGCCUCUUGAAGACGAGCAAUUUGAGGAGGAGUACCUUCUUCCUGAUGAUUUCAAUCUCUUCCCCCUUGUGGAGAAAUUCACAGUCAGAUACCACAGCCAAGAUAUGCAAUACUGGGCAGGCGUGGUUAUGAGGAACCUCUGCAGAAAGGAUGACACAAGAGGCGGUAUCCGGCAGUGUGCCUACUACCAGUGCGGAAAGUGGGAGGAAUAUACGCGUCAGUUCGCUAAAUGCCGACGGUGCCGCAGAACCAAGUACUGCAGCAAGGAAUGCCAGAAGAGCGCAUGGGCCUUCCAUCGCCACUGGUGCAUUGCAGCUGGAUCAAACCAGCAACAAUGA